UGAUCAAUGCUAUUGCCAAUAUGACUCACACCAUACGGCAGUUCUUCCCACAGCUGCCAGUUUAUCCUGCCCUGGGCAACCACAACUACUGGCCACAGGAUCAGUUGCCAACAUCUGCAAAUGCGAUUUACGAUGCUGUAGCCAAACUCUGGUCUCCGUGGUUGAAUCCAGAAGCUGUAGCUACUUUGCAAAAAGGUGGCUUUUACUCUCUUGUGAUCAAACCUGGCCUCCGUCUGGUGAGUCUCAACACAAACCUGUACUACAGUCCAAAUCAAGUGACUGUAAAUAUGACUGACCCUGCUGGGCAGUUCCAGUGGCUGCAGGGAACGCUUGAGCUAUCAAGACAAAAAAUGGAGAUGUUCUAUGUAAUUGCUCACGUUCCCAUCGGUUACCUAUGCUAUAAAUACAACAGCCGUCCGAGAAAGCUACAAUGAGCAACUGGUCAAA